AUGGGCAAGGAUUUGCCCAAAUUGGUCAAGGAGGAAUUGGAUCGUCGAAAACGAGGCGACGCCAAAGGUCCUCCCAAUCCGUUGGUGGUUCAUGCCUUGCGACAAUACUUUGAAUCCGGCAAGGGCGAUCCCAUGAUUUGUGGUGGUUUCAUGACGCUCAUGAGAGAGAUUGGCGCUGUGGCGCAGUCCAAGGAUCAUUUGGUCAAACACAGUGAACACAACAUUUGGUAUCUAGGAGCCAAAGGAGAAGAAGAUACCAAUGAAUGGUGGCAAGAUCAGCUAGAACGACAUGAAGCCGAAGUCAGGUUACUCAGGUACGGAGAAUUCAUGGAAAUGCAAGAAAUUAAAGGACUUUCCUUUGAUGACACAAAAUGGAGAUUCAAUCCACUGGAUGACAAGGAAGAUCUUGUGGGAGAAGAUACACUCAAGGAUCCUCAAGACCCACACACACCACCACCAAUCAACGAAAAUAUGGAUGAUACACAACAACAACAACAAACACAAAAUAAAACGGAAGAAGUAGACAAGAAACCUGCGGCGAAAUCAUCAAAUCCAACGUCACCAAACCAAGUAGAUGACACUGCCAUUGGAAAGAAACAGCAAGAAGGACUCUCCAAGAAUUUUAUUGCUGCCUUUGUACGAUAUGUCGACCUGGUGGAAGAGGCACAACAGCAAAAGACGGCCAAAGUGGCGUCGGCACCUGCUGGAAUCGCCAGUGUCAAUGGAAGGCAACAGGAACAGCACGCUAGUCUCAAACAGCCUCCAGAAGAACUACAACAUCAUCAUCAUCAUCAUCAUAAUCAAGCCAACAAUAGCAACAACAACCAUAAUAAUCGAAUACCAAUCACUGAAGACUUUAUUCGAACCAAAUGCCAACAACUGCAGCAACAAUACAAGGAACUCAACCGACCCCUGGGAAACAACUAUGUACUGGAUCAAGAACCACAGUCGGCGAAAAAACUUUCCGGAAAAAAGAACCGAAGACGACAACGACAAAACAAGGCCAAAAUCGGAGGAGGCGCCGGGACGAUUCCAGCUGGAAAACGCAAAGAUCAUGGUGAUUGCAUCAAGGAACACAUUCAUACCCUCGUGUCGCUCUGGGAUCAACAAUUACUGGUGCGGCGUCCUGGAACGGCUCCCUCCUCGGCGACUUGUGCGCGCAUUGUAUCGGCCAUGGUUGAAAUGCUCACGACGGCGGCAAAGGUUGAUCCGGAUGUUUGUCGGGGAUUGGCCACGGCAUCGAUUGCGGCAAGCAACAACAACAACAAAAGCAGCAGCAACAACAAUAAACACGACACUGUAGCCUUGGUGGAAUUACGAGAACGAACACUGACGUUUGCUUUGGAAGUCGAUGCCGACGUGCGUCCGUUGUGGGCGGCCAAUGCGUGGUGGAGACUCUAUUCCGAUUUGACCAUGUUUCUGGCCGAUAUCAUUGUCACGCUGACGGGUGAUAAGGAAAAUCGAAAUGAAUACCGAACCACGGCCGCAACGCCUCUCACUCCGGAUGAAAAACUAGCGUCCAAGUUGUUUGAAACAUCCGUGUCACCGUCGCUGUUGAAAUCCAUUGAAUCGCCACAUGCGGCAGAACGAUGCGCUGCAUUGAAAGCCAUGGGACGUAUUGUCUGUGGAAUAUCGGUCGAGUUGGCCAUGGGUCUCGUCAAACCCAAGAAAACGUGGGAUAUGUUGGAACAAGCGUGUAAAGGUAGUGCUUCCUUGAAUAUCAUCGAAGCCAAUACGACCAAGAAUGAUCCGGACAAGGAAGGCAGCCCCGACAAUGGCUCAACAAUGACUACAGUGGCCAAGUAUGAUACUACUACUGCGACAACCUGCAAUCGAGUCACACAACGUGAAGCAAUCAUGGCACCGCGUUCGUCUGCACAGGGCACGGCUCUCAUGAUUCGUUUAUGCGGCACUGGAAUGAUCAAGGAAGAUUCGGAUGGUCCUCCUGGAAUGACCAUCAUCCCUGGCCCUCUGGCUCGCAAAAUGAUCCAACGUGGGAUUGUCCCCUUCUUGAUGGAGUUGUCGCGGUCGGACAAUGCAUUGAUUUCGGUCGAAGCCGUAGGAGGGCUGGCACAGGUAUCCUGUGUCAAGGAUUGUCGAACUAGUUUGAUACAACAGCCCGAUGUGGUCGCUUGGCUGGAAUCGAUAUUCGUGUCUCCGGAGGGAAAUAAAGUGUCACAAGGAAUCCUCCUAGCGAGACAUUUGCUCUGGGACGAUGAGUGGUUCCAGCCGAUUUUAUCUAUCCAACCACCCAUCGAACAGACUAUUGUCAAGUGGGCAGCAUACUGCAUGAAAUGCAUUCAAGAGCGAGCGGAUGAAGUGCGAGAAGUUAGCAAGAAACUCGCUGAUGAAUUCAUGGCUCGCAGUCUCUCCAAAAUCAAGCUAUCAGAGAACGACGACCAAUCUGUCAAUGACGACCCUACGUUUGAAUCAGAUAUCCAAGAAAUGGAGGCUCGAAUGAAAUCCCAGCUCCCUUGGAAUAAAUUGGAGACAGACGAAGGCCGCACUCAUGUGACCAAUCUGGCGCUCAGUCGAAGUGUCAUCUUCCUUUCUACCUUGAUUCGAGACAAGGUUACCUCAGAACGUGUAUUGAAAGCGAACUGCCUGGCGUUGGGAGCUGCUUGUUUGGACGUUCCCGUGGACGACACCAAUUCUGCGGCUGCCAAUAUCGUGGGCAACUACCUGGCUACAGCUGGGUCUGUUUCUCCCAAUGUUUUCCCUGAUCCAGACCAUGUGGUUCGUGCCGCGAUCUCCCGUUUGAGUCGACUGGUAAACCGACAGGACAUUACGCCCCGAUCGUUUAUUUUUGUACGCUUGUUGAACGGGCUACGCAAGAAUACCGAUUGGGCACCAUUCUUCCAGUCUUGCGCUGAUCAGGACAUGGAACACAAGUAUGUGAUUGAAGUGUUCCUACCCAAAAUUGGCGACAAUAUCCCAUCUUCGACCCCACCACCAAAGACACCCCGCCGUGGUUCUGACGGUGACAACAACCACAAAGGAGGAGCAGGAGGAGGAGGCAGCGGCAACAAAAGCAAUGGUCGCGCCCCCAACUCGCGUGCCCGGGCUAGAGUGAAUCGACCCACCAAAUUAAACAAAUGUAGCGCUUGUGGAAAGAUCGAGUCUCAGCCCGGUGAGUUCAAGAAAUGCAGUCAAUGCAACGUUACCUACUACUGUGGACGCACUUGCCAGACCAAUGAUUGGAAGAAACACAAGAAGGAAUGCCCCACCCUUGGUGCUCCCAAAAAGAUUGGCAAACGAGCCUUGAAAAAGAGUUAG